AUGGAACAAAAAGUGAUGAUUUUUAUGUUCUUGGUUUUCUUUGUUGUGUCACCCAUUUGUGCCCUACCUCGUGCACCUGCAUUGUACGUGUUUGGAGAUUCUUUGGUGGACGGUGGAAACAACAAUUUUCUCCCCACUUUUGCAAGGGCCAAUUUCUUACCUUAUGGGAUUGAUUUUCCCCAUGGUUCCACAGGAAGGUUCACCAAUGGAAAAACUUUUGCAGAUUUUAUAGCUGAAUAUCUUGGAUUGCCAUAUCCUCCUCCGUACCUUAGUCCCCGAAGUUUAAAUUCGUUAAUUGGAAUCAAUUAUGCAUCUGGUUCUUGUGGAAUUUUGCCAGAGACUGGAGCCAUGCUUGUAAGUUGA